AUGUCAGGUACAUCAAUGUCAUGUCCACACAUUAGUGGGCUUGCAGCAUUGCUCAAAGCAGCCCAUCCGGAUUGGAGCCCAAGUGCAAUCAAAUCUGCACUGAUGACCACAGCCUAUACCCAAGACAACACCAAGGCCCCUCUCCGGGACGCCGCGGAUGGUUCACUUUCGAACCCGUGGGCUCACGGCUCCGGCCAUGUCGAACCUCAGAAGGCACUGUCGCCGGGCCUAGUAUACGACAUAUCCACCGACGACUACGUUGCAAAAUAUUCAGACCCUGGCCAACUCAACUACCCUUCAUUUUCGGUAGUGUUCGGGAAGAAACGGGUUGUGAGAUACAGCCGUGAGUUGACUAAUGUAGGGGCUGCGGGGUCCAUAUACAGAGUGGCUGUGACUGGACCUCAAAUGGUGAGGAUUGCGGUGAAGCCCACAAGGCUUGUGUUCAAGAAUGUAGGAGAGAAGCAGAAGUACACAGUCACGUUUGUGGCUAAUAAAGGUGCAGACAAGACAGCAAGGUCAGAAUUUGGUUCAAUUGUGUGGCAAAACCCACAGCACCAGGUUAAGAGCCCAAUCGCCUUUGCAUGGACGCAGUUGAUAGAUUGA